ACGUUAUAAAAUAGAGACUAAGACACUAGCGCCACCUGUGGCGGCGCCAAAACUUAUCACUCUCUACUAACCCAAUAGCCAAUAAAAUCGAACCCGCCAUUUUCUUUCUCCCACACUGGCUGUAAAUUAGUGAAAUUAAACGAAGCUAAACGUUUUAAUGCCAUUUGCAUUUGUGCAUCUGCGUCAGAAGAAUUGACGAUGGACAAUUAGCUACAAGUCAAUAAAUCUAACAAUAAUAAGUGUAUAAAAACCAAGUAAUUAAAAUUCAAUUUAAUCGCCGAAUAUUUUGGCUGUAAUUACAACCAGAUAAAUUCGUGACUUGACGCUGUAAUUGGUUAAACCACAAACAGCAUUACGAUGGACUCCAUUCCACGUACUCACGAAGAUAUCGAGGCUCAGAUCCGGGAGAUUCAGUCCAAGAAAAAAGAAAUCCAAACUGCAGUGACCGAAAAAGAACAAGUCGGAUUGGGAAAAACGGGAUUUUAUGAUCAAGAUAUUUACGAUGGAACCAACAACAAAUUUGAAGGCUACGUUACAUCUAUUGCGACUAAUGAUGAAGCCGACGAUGAUGAUUAUGAACCAAGUACAUUCAGCUCUAACAAAAGGGCUGGAUACAAUCCACCAGCUGCUUUGCUUAAUGAUAUUGCUCAGAGCGACAGAGAUUAUGAUCCAUUCGCCGAUCGCAAAGUACCAAAAAUAGCAGAUCGUGAAGAUGAAUAUCGUCAGAAACGUCGCCACAUGAUCAUUUCGCCGGAUCGAGUUGAUCCUUUUGCUGAUGGUGGUAAAACUCCAGAUGCUGGUUCACGUACUUACACCGAGAUUAUGAAAGAGCAGAUGGUCAGAGGUGAAGAAUCAGAGAUACGUAAAAAAAUAAUAGAAAAAGCUAAAGAUGGAACACUCAAAGCUACUAAUGGUGAACCCAAACCCGCUCCUAAGAAACGUGGCCGUUGGGAUCAAACUGAUGACACGCCAGCGGCCAAAAAAGUUGCUGGUACUGCAGCAACACCUAAUUCCUGGGAUAACACUGACGUAACACCAGCAGCAAUAAGAUGGGACGAAACCCCAGGCCACGGCAAAGGCGGUGAGACCCCAGGCGCGACCCCAGGAGUCAGCACCAGAAUGUGGGACUCAACCCCCAGCCACGCUACCCCAGGAGCAGUAACUCCCGGCCGCGAGACUCCCUCGCACGACAAAAUACUCUCCAGCCGUCGAAACCGUUGGGACGAGACCCCCAAAACCGAGCGUGAGACCCCGGGCCACAACAGUGGCUGGGCCGAGACCCCCCGAACCGACCGCGUAGCCGGCGAUCUAAUCCAAGAAACCCCAACACCCUCCGCCUCCAAGCGACGUAGCCGUUGGGACGAAACGCCCUCCAACCAAACCCCGGGCUCAAUGACCCCCCAGACCCCAGCGACACCCUUAACGACCCCGCACCAAACCUCCAUAAUGACCCCAAGCGCCGUAACCCCAACCGGGCCCAAAGCCAUGGGCCUCGCCACCCCCACACCGGGCCACCUAAUGUCCCUAACCCCCGAACAACUCCAAGCUUAUCGCUGGGAGCGUGAAAUCGACGAAAGAAACCGCCCCCUAUCCGACGACGAGCUAGACUCACUUUUCCCUCCAGGGUACAAAAUUCUCCAGCCUCCAGCAGGUUAUGUUCCCAUCCGAACCCCCGCUAGGAAGCUAACAGCUACUCCCACGCCAAUGGCAGGAACUCCCCAAGGUUUCUUUAUCCAAACGGAAGACAAAAGCGCUAAAUACGUCGACAACCAGCCUAAAGGCAACCUUCCUUUUAUGAAGCCCGAAGACGCUCAGUACUUCGAUAAACUUCUAGUUGACGUUGAUGAAGAGUCUCUAAGCCCUGAGGAGCAAAAAGAGAGAAAAAUAAUGAAGCUACUGCUUAAAAUCAAAAACGGAACUCCUCCGAUGAGGAAAGCAGCUUUGAGACAAAUUACCGACAAAGCCCGAGAAUUCGGAGCUGGUCCUUUAUUCAACCAAAUUCUGCCCCUAUUAAUGUCCCCUACUUUAGAAGACCAAGAGCGCCAUCUGUUAGUCAAGGUCAUAGAUCGAAUUCUUUACAAACUUGAUGAUCUAGUGCGUCCUUACGUCCACAAAAUUUUGGUAGUGAUAGAACCGCUGCUAAUUGACGAAGACUACUACGCUAGAGUUGAAGGUAGAGAGAUCAUUUCUAACCUUGCUAAAGCCGCAGGAUUAGCGACUAUGAUCUCCACAAUGAGGCCAGACAUAGAUAACAUAGAUGAGUAUGUAAGAAACACAACGGCUAGAGCCUUUGCAGUAGUAGCUUCAGCCCUGGGAAUCCCCUCACUACUCCCCUUCUUAAAAGCCGUCUGCAGGAGCAAGAAAUCCUGGCAGGCUAGGCACACUGGUAUUAAAAUCGUACAGCAGAUUGCUAUCUUAAUGGGGUGUGCAAUUCUCCCUCACUUAAAGAGUUUGGUAGAGAUUAUAGAGCACGGAUUAGUCGAUGAGCAGCAGAAGGUAAGGACGAUUACUGCCUUAGCGAUCGCAGCGCUAGCCGAAGCUGCUACACCUUAUGGUAUAGAAAGCUUUGAUUCGGUGCUGAAACCCUUGUGGAAGGGUAUUAGAACCCAUAGAGGAAAAGGUUUGGCUGCUUUUUUAAAAGCCAUUGGGUACUUGAUUCCCUUAAUGGACGCUGAGUACGCUAAUUACUAUACCAGAGAAGUAAUGUUGAUUUUAAUUAGAGAGUUUCAGUCUCCUGAUGAGGAAAUGAAAAAGAUUGUGCUUAAGGUUGUUAAGCAGUGUUGUGGAACGGACGGAGUUGAAGCUCAGUAUAUAAAAGAUGAAAUUCUCCCGCACUUUUUUAAGCACUUCUGGAACCACCGCAUGGCACUGGACAGAAGGAAUUACCGACAGUUGGUAGAUACUACUGUAGAGAUUGCGAAUAAAGUCGGCGCUUCUGAGAUAAUAAACAGAGUUGUAGAUGAUCUUAAAGAUGAGAAUGAGCAGUAUCGGAAAAUGGUUAUGGAGACUAUAGAGAAAAUUAUGGGGAAUUUAGGAGCUGCUGAUGUAGACUCGAGGUUAGAGGAACAGUUGAUAGAUGGCAUUCUGUACGCGUUCCAGGAACAGACUACAGAGGACGUUGUUAUGCUCAAUGGCUUUGGAACUAUUGUUAAUACUUUGGGAAAGCGUGUUAAGCCUUACCUUCCUCAGAUUUGUGGAACCAUUUUGUGGAGGUUGAAUAACAAGUCCGCUAAAGUGAGACAGCAGGCCGCUGAUUUGAUCUCUAGGAUCGCGGUAGUGAUGAAAACCUGUCAGGAAGAAAAGCUUAUGGGCCAUUUGGGUGUAGUCUUGUAUGAAUAUCUCGGUGAAGAGUACCCAGAGGUUUUGGGUAGCAUUUUAGGAGCGCUUAAGGCUAUAGUUAAUGUCAUUGGAAUGACAAAGAUGACGCCACCGAUUAAAGACUUGUUGCCUAGAUUGACGCCCAUUUUAAAGAACCGACACGAGAAGGUUCAGGAGAAUUGUAUUGAUUUGGUGGGAAGGAUAGCUGACCGCGGGCCGGAGUAUGUUUCUGCUAGAGAAUGGAUGCGAAUUUGUUUCGAGCUUCUAGAAUUGUUAAAAGCACACAAAAAAGCAAUCCGCCGGGCGACUGUUAACACUUUUGGGUACAUUGCUAAGGCAAUUGGUCCACAUGAUGUUUUAGCGACAUUGUUGAACAAUUUGAAGGUUCAGGAGCGACAGAACAGAGUUUGCACCACUGUUGCUAUUGCAAUUGUCGCGGAAACUUGCAGUCCGUUCACGGUCCUUCCGGCGCUGAUGAACGAGUAUCGGGUUCCGGAACUAAAUGUCCAAAAUGGAGUGCUUAAGUCGCUCUCGUUUUUAUUUGAGUACAUUGGGGAGAUGGGCAAGGAUUACAUCUACGCGGUAAGUCCGCUGUUGGAAGACGCAUUAAUGGACCGGGAUUUGGUUCAUAGGCAGACCGCUUGCGCUGCUAUCAAACACAUGGCGCUUGGAGUUUAUGGCUUUGGGUGCGAAGAUGCGCUGAUUCAUUUGUUGAACCACGUUUGGCCGAAUGUAUUUGAAACUUCGCCGCAUUUGGUUCAGGCUUUCAUGGAUGCUGUGGAUGGACUUAGGGUGGCGCUGGGACCUAUCAAGAUUCUUCAGUACACCCUUCAGGGAUUGUUUCAUCCUGCUAGGAAGGUUAGGGAUGUUUAUUGGAAGAUUUAUAACUCGCUUUAUAUUGGUGGGCAAGACGCACUUGUGGCGGGGUAUCCGAGGAUCAUGAAUGAUCCGAAGAAUCAAUAUAUUCGAUAUGAGCUUGAUUAUGUCUUGUGAAUU